AUGCACAUUGGGGAGAGGGGAGCGAGGGGAGUGGUUUGGUGGAGAGGGGAGGGGGGAGUGGUUUGGUGGAGGGGGGGGAGUGGUUUGGUGGAGGGGAGGGGGGAGUGGUUUGGUGGAGGGGGGGGGGGAGUGGUUUGGUGGAGAGGGGAGGGGGGAGUGGUUUGGUGGAGAGGGGAGGGGGGAGUGGUUUGGUGGAGAGGGGAGGGGGGAGUGGUUUGGUGGAGGGGAGGGGGGAGUGGUUUGGUGGAGAGGGGAGGGGGGAGUGGUUUGGUGAAGGGAGGGGGGAGUGGUUUGGUGGAGGGGAGGGGAGGGGGGAGUGGUUUGGUGGAGGGGAGGGGAGGGGGGAGUGGUUUGGUGGAGGGGAGGGGAGGGGGGAGUGGUUUAGGGGAGGGGACGGGGGAGUGGUUUGGUGGAGGGGAGGGGAGGGGGGAGUGGUUUGGUGGAGGAGGGAGGGGGGAGUGGUUUGGAAGCAAUAACAAGGACAGGUCUCUCUAUAGAGAGAUGUUACAGGAGAUAGAGGACGCCAAGACGGGGCCACAGACCCAGAGAUUUUCAGAGAGAUUUCAGUCGGGCCAGAUUUACUCCACUCAGAGGUCGCCAGAUAAGGCCAUGAGUGGAAGCAAGACGACUCUGGAGGAUCUGCCCAUUGUCAUCGGAGAAGAUAUAAAGUGUCUUCUCAGAUCCUUCUGGGACAAACUUCGAGCUCAGGACAUCACUGAGCAGGAGGCCAAGGCCAAGAUGGAGGACAUGUUCAUGGAUCUGAUCCGUGUGUCGGCCAAUGAGGUCCUCAGGGCGCUGGUGACCGGGAAGUGCCUUUAUGAGUGUUCCCCUGGUGAGGUGCAGGUGUCGCACACAGGAGUCAGAGCUUCUCUCAGCCCCAUCUUCAGAACCUUCCUGAAAACCAAGUCCACAGAUGAGUUCGUCGCCCUGGACCGAGUCAUCAAACUCCUCAGUGCAGAAGUGACUAAGACGGUCAACUCUGUGCUGAAGGACAACUGUGGCUUUGAGCGUCUGCUGCUGGUGGAGCAGAAGGACUGCUCCACAGCACGGAGCACUCUGCACCACAUCGCUGCUCAGGCUUCUAUGUUCCUGCCCCACAUGACCUUCUCCGACCAGUGGGACCGACUCAUACAGGCCGAGAUCUCCAAAGGUCUCACUGAGAGCCACCUGAAAACAGAGGUGCUGGAAGUGGAGACGUCCAUCGAAGCGACUGAAGAGUCAGAACAGGAGAGAGCGAGGACAGAGGUCAGUGAGAGAAACCCUUCCCCGGGUCGAGCUCAUGUCUCUGCAGAACCUCUGAUGGAGCAGAUGGAGGUGAAGCAGGAGGAGUGGGACAUUCUUUCAUUUGGAGAAGUCCUGAUGCAGAGACACUCCCCUGGGGUCCCCCAAGAGGAGGCCGAGACCCGUGAGGCCGAGACCCGUGAGGCCGAGACCCGUGAGGCCGAGACCCGUGAGGCCGAGACCCGUGAGGCCGAGACCCGUGAGGCCGAGACCCGUGAGGCCGAGACCCGUGAGGCCGAGACCCGUGAGGCCGAGACCCGUGAGGCCGAGACCAAUGAGACCGAGACCCAUGAGACUGAGACCCAUGAGACCGAGACCCAUGAGACUGAGCAGACCUCAUUUUGUGAACCGCCACAGAACCAGGAACCAGCUCAGAGGUCUUUGACCAAACCAAAGAAGAAGAGAAAGCAGAGACCGGCCCAGGACCUGCAGAGUGGGCUUGAAGUGACCAAGACCCCGGUUGAAAGAUUUUCCAUGAGUGAAUCAGAAAAGUCUCCCCGUGUUGCUCCUGCACAGGUGACUUCAUCCAUCAGCGAGUCUCAGCAGGUGAAAACCAUCAGGUAUAACUCUGAUGCCCUGGUCCUGAUCCCAGACCAGACCUCACAGACUGAGGAGGACCAGACCCCAAUGAAGAGCAUCUCCAUGAGCGAGCGAGAAAGGUCUCCCAUAAAGAUCAGAUACUCUCCCUCUGAAACCCCGCUCAGGCCUCUGCAGCUGGUCCCAGACCAGGUCCCAGACCAGGCCUCAGGUCUCAUCAUAAAGAACCAUGAGGUCUCCUCUCAGUGGGAGACCAGUCAGAUCCAGGAUCUACCGUGGGGGGUGUCCAGACAUAUUCUCCAGGACAAAGACCUGUCUCCGACACAUCCUCUGGUGACGAAGCUGUCUCAGCGACUGGAGGAACAAAUGUGGGAGUGGAGGAUAAAGGAGAGUCCGGACUGCAUCAAAAGAAUCACUUGUGACGUUUACAAAGAGCUGUGGUCAGGAAACAAGAAGACAUGGGUCCACUUUGCUGCUUUGAUCCAAGAAGGUUUCAGCGACUGCAUCAUCUCAGAGAUCCACAACCGCCUGGUUGGACCCAAGAAGAAGAGGAGCAGACUGAGCUCCUUCUUCCACUCAGUCCACCACGCGCUGUGUAGAUACUGUUAA